GAAGAUUGUCUUGGAAAUAAACACAGAAAAGUGUGAACGUUUGCAGAAACCCUGAGUGAGUUCCUCUUCGUGUGAUUUGGAGCACUGAUAGAAAGCUCAGGAAACGGGAGGAAGAAGCAGAGAUGAGACGUUUCUGUCUGCUGGGAGCGUUUCACCCGUCCACGAUGGCCCUGAUCACCUUCCACCUGCUCCUGCUCCCGUGGAUCGGGUGCUGUGUGGGGCAGAGUGCUCUGUCAGAAGGUCCCAUGCAUGCAGAUUUUGGAAGCAGCGUGACCCUGAAGGCUCCGACUAACAGACUGCAGAACUCUGCUGUGUUCUGGCAUUUUAAUGAUGGGAAGGAGAUCAUACAUGUUGCCUCAGUGGGUCCAUCGAUGCUCAGACUGAAUGCAUCUUACCAGGGCAGAGCGCGGAUCAGUGCAACCAACGGCUACCUGACCCUGGGACCGCUGCAGAUGCAGGACAGCGGGGAAUAUAUCGUAACGAUCAUAUCAAAACACAAUCAUACUGACAUCGCAAAGAUAUAUCUCCAAGUUCGAGCUCCGACCACCAGGACCACACCCACCUCAGCCCUGCCCGAAACCACCAAGGAGAACACGGGAUGCUGCGGGGGGCAGGAGAUUCUCCCCGAGGGUCCCGUUGACGCAGUUCUGGGGAGCACGGUGACCCUGAAAACGCUGGUUCACAAUCUCCAGCAUAGCUCUAUAAUCUGGUAUUUCAGCAACAUAAAGCACCACAUUGCCACAGUGAGCUCAUCAAGUAUGAUGGUGAGCACAGCUUACCAGGGAAGAGUGUCAGUCAGUGCGACCAAUGGCUGCUUGACUCUGGGGCCCCUGAAGAUGGAGGACAGCGGCGUUUAUAGCAUCAACAUAAUAAAACAUGACGGUUCCACUCAAACCGCAGAGACGCAGCUCCGAGUUCUGGCUCCACCCACCAUGACCAUGACCAUGACCAGCCCCACCUCAGCGCAGCCUGAGCAGAACACAGAUUACUUUGAGCCUCUGGUUGUGUGUUUGGUGCUGAUUGUUGUGCUCUCAGCUGGUUUUCUGUUGCUACUCUACAAACUGAUAGACAACAGAAAAGUCAAAGCUUCACAUGGGAGAAACGUGGAGUUACCUGCCAUCCAGGAGAAGUGGGCUCCAGCCUCCACAUGUGAAGACUCCACCUACCAGAGCAUCAGUGAAGUCACCAUGGCCCAGGACCACACCUACUCCACACUCACAGACAUGCGUGCCGCAUGUGCCCAGUACAUUCAUACUGACACAGAUUGCUGCAAAUCAGUAACAUCCUAAUGAAAUCCUCAAAUUUCAAACUGAAGCUCCACCUUCUUGAACGAUCGAUUAGUACGAUUACCGCACAGCAGUCAUAUUUUACAAAAAGGCUCCAACAGCACAAACACGGUCCAGAGGUCCAGUUUAGGGACUCCAGUUAGCUGUGGUGAAGCUUGGCAGACAGCUAGCAGCUACAGCCGCCUGUGUCAUCAUCCACCUGUCAGUCAAAGAGGCCACACCCCUAAUAAUGCAAACUUUACUUAAACAGGUGAGUUAUAGAAACCCCAUAAAGCUGUUAUGAAUGUGGAAAUUAUCCACAGAGACCAAAGCAGUUUGUGUAUCAGGCUGUAAACAUGUUUAUUUCUGCUGUAAAGUUCUAACAUGGGAAUCAAUGGGGACUGGCUCACUGCUGCCUCUGCUGGACUGCAGAGGAACUGCAGGGUUAUGUAUCUCCACUUUGGAUUCAUUUUUAUUUUUCAUCAUAGGACGUGGGUGUUGAUUUGCAGUAAAAUCUGAACGGUCUCAGCACUCACUGUGUAAACUCUGAUAAAAACCAUGUAACCACCUGUUACUUUCAGAUAACAUGAAUGAAUGUGUUGACAGUCUCUUUAUUCAAGCGCUGCAGUGAAGAAUCAUUUAGAAGUGUUUGUAGUUUCCUUUUUGCUACUUUAAACUUCUUUCCCACACAUUAGUGAAGAGCUGAAGUUACAUUGCAGAUGAACUAUAUUGUUGUUAUAUGUUACUGAUCACAAGCCAUAAUGUGAUUAAAACUGGACACUUUUACCUGCUUUAUCAUUAACAUGCUGCUUGGACAGUUAAAUAAGAUGAAAUAAGAAAAAUAGAAAAUAAUCUUCGCAGCACCGUUCCUGCAUGAUUUUCACUUUUAAUAUUAAAAAAAACUGACUGUAUGAGGACAUUGUUUUCUGUAUGAUUCUGUUCCAUACCAACUAUAUGGACUGUUACACUGUAAAAAAAAUCAGGUGGUUCAAAGUAAAAUGUUCAGUAGCAAGUUUCACAGCUUUUUUGAGUUUACUCGACAAACAGAGAACUUUAUGUUGGCAUUAAGCUGAGACAACAGUUCAAAACAGCCUGUGCAGGUCGCAGGGCUAACACAGAGAGACAGACAACCGUUCAACCUGUGGGCAAUUUAGAGUGAGCAGUGAACCUAACCCCAGUAACUGCAUGUGUUUGGACUGUGGGAGGAAACCCACGCAGA